GACAAACCACUAAAUGCGAUUUCACCAGCGAUAAUGCGACACCAAAGAUGAUGGCACCAGCAAGUGUAAAACAUGAACCCAACAGUUAUAAUAAUGAAAGACUCAAAUAUACAUCACCAAAUAUUAAACAGCAACCUAGCACCGACCGAACCAUUACGCGACAACAUAAAGCGAAUUCACUAUCAAACGAUAACACUAACAAAUGA